GGGCGUCGGACGCGAUGUACACGUCCUGGGGAUCCACGCCGAGCGGGGUGAGACAUCGAAAGUCGACUCCCAAUCUACGAGCACGGGGUGGUACGAGGGGGCACGAGAGGGACGGCUACAACGUGGUCAAGAGCAUCACGACCGCUCCGGGGGUGCAGGGCGCCGGUGAGACGGAGACGGAAGGGGACGAGACCGCCCGCCUGCCCAACACCCGCAUCGUCCCCUCAUCCGCGCUCGACUCGUCCGCGCCCCUCGAGAUCUUCUUCGAGCUCGCCUGCUGGCUCUCGAUCGUGCCCGCCGUCUUCGGCACCAUCUGGAACUUCCUGCACGCCGCUGGUUUAAUCGAGUUCGCCGGCAGCGGCGGGCCCAAGCGCAUCGACCAUGCCGUCGCUAUGAUCUGGGCUAUCCUAACGGGUCACCUCCAUCGCGCGCUGACCCUCGGCCUGCUCACGCGAUGGCGGGCGUACUACCCCCCGCUGCCGACGCUCAUCCGCCUCCUCGCACUGCAAGCGAUCUGCUGGCCCGCGACACACUUCACGCUCUCCGCCAUCGACCACAUCCGCCGUCCCAUGGCGUGCUGGGCCAUCGUGGGCAGCACUACCGCCGUCAGUCGCGCGAUGGUCAUGUGGGUGGUGAGCAACCUCGGGAAACGAGACGGGCGGAGGGGGAGGCGGUGGGAUGCACGGUUGGGCGUGGAGGGCAUGGGGGAAAGGCGGUGGGAUUGGGGCGCCGUGGGUUGGAAGUGUGCGUUGCCGGUCGGCGUGGUGUAUUUUAUCAUGGCGUGGGCGGGAGUGCUUAAGACAGAGAUGUGGGGGUGCUGAAUGAGUUGUAAGAUAAGUGGGCAUCCCAUCGACAGAUAUACGGCGAUAUAGGCCAUCUAUGUAAGAUAACUUAUGCCGAGCACUGGUAUUCUACUUUCGUCGCUGCUUUGAAUAGAGUCCUAGCUAUUGCGCAUCGUGGGUGGCUUGCGCAAUGGG